UGCAACCCAACCAGAGGUGGCAAAACGGUUGCCUUUGUGUCUCCCUUUUCGAUACAAAGAAUGGGGAUGCGGUUAUGCCCUAAUCGAGGGGGCAUUGAGAGAGAGAGAGAGGGGAAAGGGAAUCAAAAAAAAAAAAGGACAAAACGCCUGAACACAAGAAAAAUGGCAAAAGAUCCGACCAGUGGAUCCACUGGACCUCGAACCAACCAGUUAACCGAUCACUUAGACGGUCACUAAUGCCGACUAACAAUCGGCUAAAGCUGUUGGCCUCCCAAAGAAGCCACAAGACCUCCUCGAUCGACGGUCGCGGCACAUUGUUGGUGCAUCCGUGCAAAUGCGAACUAACGAGUGACGGGCGUAAAUAUUAUGAUGAAAUGGGAUUGAAUAGUGUCUGGAGCCGAACGGGGACUUCUGUACUUUGCUUCGCGAAACUUGGCCAGCUUUUUGAGACACCGCAAAUCUUUCAACGGCGGUCCCGCUAUGAGUUGCCCGUCGACGAGUCCGAUUUAAGAGUCGCUGCGAUUGGGACCACAAUUCCUCGUUCUUCAGGACCUUUUCGUCCCCUUUCCUGCCGGUUUUCCCUUCUCUUUUCCCGUUUAAUAAUUUGUUUUUUUUUUUUUUUACCGCUAUUAAUUCUAUUACUAUUGUUCUUAUAAUUAGCUAGUAGUAGGUGGGGAGAUUAGGUUUUCUUUUCUUGCUUUUUUUCAUUUUUCUAUUCCCCAGAUUAUUUUGGUUUCUAUCC